CAUGUCGCCGCGAUUAAAAUUGGAAAGCAAUAACUCGGAUGAGUCCAAUUUGUCGGCCGUUGCGGCUUAUUACAUCCCUCAGGAGCGCAGGACACGAGAGCCCGAAAUGUUAGACAGCUCCAGUAGCACGUCUCAGUUUGAGAACGAGAACGAGAACAAGAAGGCGAAGAAUCGAAUGGCCGCGCGAAAAUGUAGGCGGAAAGCUAAGAACAAGGCUAAGUUACUUCAGGAUACGAGUUUGAAAUUAUCACAGAAGAACGAAAAUCUCAGAGCCACUGUAAACGGUCUGCGGAAUGAAGUUAUCAACCUGAAGAAUGAUAUCUUAACGCACGGGACUCUAUGUCAGAGUGAGCCGAUCCAAAACUACCUCACCAAUGCAAUCAACAGCACGGUCGAGAAAUACCAGAGUUGAGCUCCUCUUGUCGAC